AUGCUUGGAGUCCUUGCCAUGAUCGUAAACCAACAGGCCAACGCGAAUGCAGUGAAUUUCCUGACCGAGGCUUCAAAUUAUUUCAGUGCUUGGUGUUUUUGCCAGCUACUCGCACUGUGUUCGCAUUGGCCGCGUCAAAUAAUUUUUUACGAGUGGUUUGUAGACUGUGGUUUGUCAGAAUCGAAGCGCCGUGGUUUGGCGACUUACGGAUAUGCAGUCUUUGGAUGCAUUCCGGUGCCAAAUAUUACGACCAACCAGCUUCGGGUGGUUGCAUAUUUAUAUGGUGGAGUUCUCCUGGCAGGUGUUUGGACACCAACAACGUCAUUCUUGCACUUUGCUGGUUUGAUGUUAAGUAUCCUCUACCAUGGUUCUUUGUGGGCUGAACGUGCUUCAUCCCACCAUCGUGAAAUUCUGACCAUUACAUUGUGGAUGUACUCAUGCCUGGCUCCAGACCUUUCCCAUGCAACAGCUGCCUUCCGGAUUCACAUUUGCAGCAUUUACAUUAUGUCAGUUGUUCAAAAAACUGUCACGUCAAUCAUACGCGGCCAGUCCUGGUCCAGAUGGUCUCUCCAUGGUUUUCUUUGGAAGUCAAUGUGGGCAAAAACGAAUUUCCCUGCGUUCCCUGCUCUACAGCGAUUCAUUUUCGUGCACCCUUCCGUUGCGCAUCUGGGUGGUUGGAUUUCGAUGGUGUGUGAGCUCGGCCCCCUGUUGUCGCUCUUCUUCCCAGUGCAACACCUGGCCUAUUUGGCCUUGGUAGGAAUGCAUUUUGCUGUCCUUUUUCUUCAAGGUAUUGACUAUGUGAGCUAUUGGACUCCUUCACUUUUGGUUGGUAUUUUCUGUAGCUCCAAUACCCUUGAACUGGCCUGCGCUUGGUGUUCAGUGCGCUUUGUACCCAUGCUUCUGCUGCUUGGGGCGCAACUUCUGUUUGCCCUAACAAUGGCAGAGAAUUUCAACAUCAAUAUCCCGCCUUUGAUGUCAUGCCCAAUGUUUGUGACAGUUGCACGUUUGGAUGACACGUGCCACCAGCACUACGUGAUGACGGUGGAUGGAGAGCUUCCUUAUGAACGAAUAGAAUGGAUGUAUCCAUUUGUGAAACCAGAGUAUGGCAUGGGGUUACUUCCUUCAGAUGUGGCACAUUUUCCCAUGCCAUUUGUUGCAUUUGGAUGGGGUGGAAACCUAGAUGGAGCUCCCGGUAUCUUCCACCGAUGGUUUUUGGAUGUGAAAGGUUUCUAUUUGAUGACGAACGUGUCGAAUUUUCCCAAAGACCUCCGGCUGGAAUUGGAAGCCAUCGUCACGGAGUUGCAUGGACGCGACGCUAGCAAUCCCUGCUCGCUGUACUCGGCGUACUCGCCGUACUCGCAUCUUUGGUCGCUGGCCGACCGUUGCAAGAACGCCAGAAGUGCAUUUGCUCGCCAUGUGACUCUGCAGCGCCAGCAGAAGUGGAACUCAAGGGGCAAAUCGGAGAGACACGUCAUUGGUGGUCCCGUUGUCCGAUACAGUCGAAAGAACGGCAGGAAGGGCCGCUACCCAAUCCAAUUUCGUCAAUCAAAGCACUGCCAAUACAAACCACAAAAAAAUCAGAUGUUGCCACGAUAUGGAAGAACAAGUGUGAGAUAUGGUAGAGGUUGAUCAUGGUUAAGAUGAUAAUUCGAUGCAAAUUAUUUAAGGCUCACGAGGCUUCGCACGAAAGUGCGAAGGGAAGACCGUGAGUCUUUCGAUGGCCUGAAGAGCCCAUGGAAACCACUUCCAGCUCUGCCUCGUUGUGCUCCAUGUACAGUUUGCUCUUAUUUGCAGCACAAGAGCUUGGAGCAUCUUGGAGCUUGGCGGAGAGAAAAUGCAUGAAAUUCAC